UGCUCCGCAUGAUAUUUAUUUAUUUAUUAGUGAAAAUGAAAAUGACUCACAAAUUAUCAUGUCUGAUGAUUUAAUAUCAUUUUCACACAUGAUAGUCAAUCUAUAUUAUUAGAUAUCGAAGAAAAUGCUGACUUUUUGUGAUUAGACUUUACUGUUCUUCAGUACCGAUUUUGUUAAAUACUCUUAAAAUGUUCCGUCGUCUUCUUACAAAUGAGGAAGAUGAGAAAAAUUCAUCUCUUGAUGAUGAGUUUGACGAUACAAGUGUUUCAGAAAUCGUUCAAGGUAAACUUUCUUUCAACGAUGGGGAAGAUUCCGGGUCAUCUGUUGAAAAAUACAGAUCAUGGUCAUCUAUAUCUGGCUCACAGCUAUCCGGACUUUCUCCAAGAAAAUCUUCUCAACGUGUUAUGUUUGAAAUAGUUUCUGCUAAAACAAAUUCUGAUGCUAAGAAAAAAUAUGUGAGUUACACUGUUUUGAUAAAACGAGGUCCUGGACUUGAAACUCAACCUGGAGUCCUUGAGCGGAGAUACUCUGAUUUUUUAAAUUUAUAUCAAACUUUUAAAAAAAGAUACCCAUCAUUAUUGAGUGAUUUUCCAUUUCCCAAAAAAGCUUUAUUAGGAAACUUUACUGCAGAUAUAAUCACAGAAAGAAGUGUCGCCUUUCAACAUUUUUUAGCCUUCUCCUAUUCAGUCAGAGAGUUGCGCCAGUCUUUAGAACUAGCUGAAUUCUUAUACAAUAGGGAAAUACAGGAAGCCCACAAUAUGAUGAAAUUAGGACAGUUUGAGGAUUCUUCCGUUCUCCUUGAAAAUGUUUAUUUUGUGCAAGAAAAGAUACUAGAAGAAGGACAUUUUUCAACCUACUAUACAUUAUGCGUACUGAUUGCUUGUCUCAAUGCGGUUGACAAUGUAGCAGAGGCACAAAAGUAUGCUGAAAUCGCGUUAUCAAUUGCACCUAGUUAUGAACAGAAUGAACUUACAGUGCCUCUGUUGAUUUUGGCUAUUCGACUGUGGUGGGCAGUGGGUAAAGACAAGAAGUUAUUAGAGAAACAACUUCAAGAAUUAAAAAAAUCUGGUAUUAACACUGAAAAGCAGCCAACUCUACUUGAACUUGUAUUACAUCGAGAAUGCCCUCUAAAACUCUCGUAAGAAUGAAAUAUGCAAUCUAUAAAUAUUGAACAAAUAACUUUUACCAUUUGUCACUUCGAAAUGCCUUUCAUUUUAUUUAUUUACUAAACAUUUUAGCUAUUCUUACAUAAUUAGUUGUAUUAUUUGUAAAUAUUUAAAAAAAAAUUAUUUACAAAAAAGAUCUGAAACUUUGUUUUAUCAUUGAGUGUACAUUUGUUUCACUAAUUUAUUAACCAUGUCUUGUCUGACUAAUUUUUUUAUAGUGCCCUAUUCAGUUAUAUUUGUAUAGCUCAGAAAUCAAUGAAGUGUUUUGGGUGAGUUACUCUAAUUUGCUUUAAAAUACCUUGUAUAAAAUUGUAUUAAAAUUUGUUAACACCACUACAUAACAUAAACGCAUCUGUUCGCAGUAAUUUAAUUGAAUAUGACCUAAUAAGGAUAUGCUUUUUUGCAAGCUGUUUUAAAGCAAAUACCUAAUAUGUGUAAUCCAAAAUAUGUGAAUUAAGGGGUCUAGAGGGUUUUUCCCAUCAUAAUUUUAAAUUUUUUGAAGAAAAGAAAAUCUAUGUUAUUUUGAGCUAUUUUUCACCAAAUAUAAGAAAUGAGAUAAUGCUCAAAAUUCUUCCCAAGUUAUGAUAAAAAUACAAGUUAUAUUAAAAACACUGAGAUACCUAUUUCUUAAUAGUAAUCAUAUGUAAAUUCAUGAUUUUCGUUUAAAGUUUUUUAUUCUAAGUUUAGUCUUUAAUUUUGUAAAUUCUACUUUUUUCACCUGGUGUGCAAGAUAACUAAGACUUCUAGUAAACCUUUCAAGUAAUUUGUUUCAGUUGCUUAAAAUCAUACUAGCUCUUGAAUGUUGUUAAAUAUUGUAUAUAUUUUUGGGAUCAAACUAAAUUUUUCUUAUAAAAUCUUAACAAAAUACUUUUCUUUUAUUUUAAAAUUUUUUUUUACAUAUUUCUAUUUCUUAAAACUAAUAUGGUUUUUCUAAAUAAUAUAUUUGGCUGCUUAUUAAAAGUUGCUUUAUUUUCAUGACUUUUAUCGUGCGACACAGAUGUCAUAGUAUCUCCUUUUUUCCUUCAUAUUUUGGCUCUAAAGAAAGUUAAAUUAUGAAAGUUCUUUAUUUUAUUUCUCAAAAAUGUUUGCAUUUAAAUAAUGUUUGUACUUAUGUUAAACUUUUGUAAAAAAUUCAGAAUUUUUAGUUAAAUAUGAGCUAUGUUAUAGGAAGUAAAAGAAAAGUUAUACAUUGAUGAUUUCUGAAUAUAUAUUUUUGGUAAUAUAUUUCAGAUUUGGAUACAUUAUUUUCAAAAUAUCUAGACCCCUAAACACCAUUGGUUUCCGAGCCAGACAUAUGUAUCGCUUGCCAUUCAGUGAGGUUUUCUGUACAUUGUUGUGUAUGAAAUUUUUGACAAACUUUUUUUGUGCCAUGCAUAUUUAAAAUGUAUGUAUAAUAUUUAUGAUACCAAGAACAGCUAGUUCAUUUAUUUAGAUUGUAGAUUCGACCCUUAUUAACUAGUCUUAGCCAAAACAUAGUAAUAUAUUAUUAAAUAUUCAUUUUACUUGUUUAAUUAGAUUUUAGGGAUGCUGCCACUUGUUUUCCCUAGCUAUAAUUGAAACCCAUUUCUGUGAUUCUUUAAAAAGUGCAAGAAUUAUUUGCACGAGUGAGACCUAUAUUUUUUAGAUUUCUGCUAUAACUAAGAUCUUAACUCUUUUUAGUUGUGCUGUCUAUUUCCUAAACUUUUAUUGAAUUUUGUGAUUGUUGAAUAAUUUUACUGUCUUUUUAUGUGUAUAAUUUUAUUUCUCUUUUUUUUUAAAAAAAAAGAAAAAAGUUAAUGGCCUGAAGAGGAAACACUGUAACCAAAGAUAAACCAUCUAUCAUGAAGAAACAUAUUUUACAAGCUUGCAGCUACUAAUUCUUGCUAAAUGCAAUCAUAAAAUUAAAGAAAGAAUGAAAUAAUUUUGGUCUUUUGCUU